CCGGCCGCCGGCACAACGAUGCUCGCCGCGUUCCGUGUAAUACUCGCGUGUUGCGCCGCCGGGUGUUGCGUGUGGCGGCGGGCCGCGUGCCUGUCGUCCGAGUCGACGCCGCUUUACUUGCGGAGCGCGUACCCGCUGUGGGACCCCAAGUCCACGCCGUCCCAUUCGGCGGCCGAGCCGCUGCUGCUGACGCCGUACCUGCGCAACGGCAACAUACUCAGGGCCAAGCAGCUGGCCAGGGUGACCGAAGUGUACCGGCCGCAGCGCGUGGCCAGCUACUCCGGUUACUUCACGGUCGACGACCAACACAACUCCAAUCUGUUCUUCUGGUUCUUCCCCGCAGCGUGUCUUUACCAUGAAAUAGAAGCACCGUUAAUUUUGUGGCUGGAAGGUGGCCCUGGUGCCAGUACGGCGUUUAGCGUAUUUAAAGAAAUUGGCCCGUUCAAUUCCUCCUUUGACGGAAAAACCUAUACAAUUGAUGAAAAUCCAUUAUCUUGGCACAAUAACAAUUCAUUACUAUUCAUCGACAGUCCUGUUGGAACAGGGUUCAGUUUCACUGAACACAUUGACGGAUAUGCAACAAACUUCACAACCGUUGGCGAACAACUUUUCGAAGCUUUAACACAAUUCUACACUAUGUUUCCUGAACAGAGACCAAACCCGUUCUAUAUUGUUGCUGAAUCAUACGGUGGCAAAUUUGCACUUUCUUUGGCGUCAUUAAUUCACAAUGACAAAACAUUAGCUAAUAUAAGAAUAGAUGGAAUCGCAAUUGGCAACGGAUUUUUAGAUCCUGAAACAUUGUUGUGUUAUGGAGAUUUUCUAUACCAAAUUGGUUUAGUUGAUAACAAUACAAAACAAGAAAUUAAUAAAUUGGAAUCCCAAGGCAGAAAAGCAAUACACGAUAAACAUUUUGUCGAUGCAUUUUAUGCUUGGAGUGGUAUAAUGAGUACGUUUAUUGAGCAAACUCAGUUUCCAAGCUUAUACAAUAUCAUUGACGGCGACACAAUUCCGUGGAAUUCCACUAACACCAUUGGAGACGUCAGUUACAUUGACUUAUUGCAGACGGUUGAUAGCCGAAGAGCUUUACACAUUGGCGAUAUUGAGUAUACUAGUUUGGGCGUGAUCUAUUACAAAAUGAUACCGGAUUUCAUGACCUCGGUUAAGGAACACCUGGAACAGCUAGUGACCAGUUAUCCCAUUCUAGUUUACAAUGGUCAAAUGGACCUUGUCGUGGCGUAUCCGCUAUCCGUCAACUUGUAUUCGAACAUGAAGAGCCCUUACGGCGCUGAUUACAAGAAAGCGAUCAGAAAACCGUGGUAUGUAAAUAAAAAGUUGGCUGGUUACAUAAAAACGGUCGGAAACCUUACAGAAGUAAUGGUAAGAAACGCGGGCCAUUUAGUAUCCUGUGACAGGCCAGAAAUUUUAUACGAUCUCAUACAUAAAUUUAUUACAAAACGACUUAAUCAAUAAAUUGUCACUUACACCUUAAAAUAGUUUGAAAUACCUACUACCUAAUUAUGUUCAUCGUGGUUACCUAUUUGUUUUUAGCAAAUCACAUCGACUGUACACUAUAAUUAUUAUAUAAUAUAAUGUACAAGUAUACCUUAUUACUACCUUAUUUGAC